GCACGUCCGAAUCCCGAAUCGAAUCAUCAUGCAUCCUAUCCGCAACCGCAAAGAACAAGAAUUGCCGAAUUGCCACGGUUCAAACCGAAAGCAUCAUGGAGUGGUUAUCAAGGCAACAGAACCACAACAACUGGAAGUAGAGUACCCUUUUGUUGGAUGUUUAGGAGACCAUGGCUUCCUCCACCGAUGAUAGUAAUGCAGAUGAAGCUGAAGUUUGGUAUGCCAUCCCUAGCAAGGAACAUGAUCAAGAAUACUACCACAACCCCGUGACGGGAGAAUCCACUUGGGUGCUGCCUUCUUUCGAAGAUCAUCUAUUGAAAAAGUCUGAGGAUGAUGAUUGCAUUGAAUCUAUUCGCUCGGAUGAAAUAAGGAACAGGGAAAGGGAGAUUGAAGAAGAUUCUGGUCAGAAUGGUAGUUCCGAUGAUGACGACUCGUCCAUAUCAUCUCAUGCUGAGCGACAGAAAAAGCGAAUGCCAGUCAUCUUUUGCAUCCUCUUUGCCUUGCUGUUUGUCAUGUUCAGCUCCCUUUCAAGCAGCAGCAACAACGACAGCCCCAGUGAUGUUGUUGGAAAAUCAAAGAAACACAUACUCUCCAACAAUGUGCAUGAGGAAGCUUCAUAUUCAUCGGCAGCAGACGUGACAGUGGACCAAGAGACGGAAGAUAUGGCCAAUGAUACCCAAAUCGAGCUUGUCAAAAUGGAACAAUCUGCAGAUGAUGUAUUCCUAAAUGAUGGCAGUAUAGAAGAUUACACAGCAAGUAUGAUAGAUGCAACAGAUGUCAAGCACAAGGCUCCGGCUGUCACAGCAGAAAUGCAAACUGAGGAAGUUCCGUCAGAUGAAUACAACCAAGAUGGGAAACAUUCUACACAACAAGCAGAUUUAUCAGACACGGAACUAGAAGAUUCCCCAGACAAGAUCCUCUUGGGUUCUCAGCAUCAGAAUGUCAAAGAAGAAGGCUCUGACGAAACCAAAAUGGGUCGGUCGUCCCAUGUGGAUGUCAACAAUGUGGAGCAGUUGGUUGGCUCAGUGAAUGAUGACUUGGUGGAUGCUGUCAAUGAAGCUUGUGCAACAGAAACUGCUGAUGCUUUUACCACUCAUAGAUUUGAUGAAUCAAAGAUAGACACUGGCCCAGCUGGUUUGGAAGAUGAGAGAGCAUCCCAAGUGACAACAAACCCAGAGACCCAGGAAGACAAGCCAUCCACAUCUGAAGUGAUACCGGUACAUGUAACAACCGUCGAAGGUGUUGAACCUGAUCAUGAUCACAUAGUGGAUGAUACAAGUGUUAGAGGGAUGGAAGAAGAAUGUCAGCACACCAGUCCUCAUCCAGAGGAUGCUGCUAAAAACAGCAAUGACGAAGAGAUGAGUUCGGUAGACGAAACCAUGGUUGCCUUGGAAGCCGAGGAAUACGGUACUGGAGGUGUCCAAGCAAUGGCUCCGGGUGUCAAUGACGAUUCGAUCGUAACCAAUGGCAAGGAAGGGGAUGCGCCUACCUCAGAUGACAAUGAACCUCUUGAAGAAGCAUCGCAAGAAACAACCAUGGAAGCAGAGGCUUCCACCGAGGCGAUCGCUACCGACAGCAUCACAAUGGAGGUGGUAGAAAGGUCUGACCUUAUGGAAGAAAGUCUCAAGCAUCAGGUGGCUGAUUUGGAAGAAAUGGCAUCUACAGUGGAGGACAAGAAUGGAGCAGGAGCUCUUGAUCACACAAUGGCAGAAGAAGCUGUGGAUACUAUUUCUGAAUCCAUUGACGAGCAAACAAAUCAAGAGAUGCCUGGUGAGCCAGUGGCACAAGAUACCCUCCCAGAGUCUACGGAUGAUCAAAUGAGUCCUGUAGAAGACAAAACAGGAGAAUCUGGGGUAGUAGAUGACACGAUCGUAGAGUUCGCGGACGAUCAAAUGAGUACCGCAAAAAAGGAGCCUGCUUCUAUGGAGCCAAUUCAACUGGAUUGGGAUGCAAUUCGCAAAGCAACAAACAUACCGGCAAGGCCAGAUGAUGAUUUGAGUACAGGGACAACAUCGUAUCCAGUGGGAGUGGGGCAAUCGAUGCUGGUGAGACUGGAAAUAGAACUAGAUGACGUUGGAUAUAGAAUCAAGAAAGGAACAGACUCCAUUUCUCUAGUCGAAAAAGAAAUGAUGGUCAGAUUGCCCAGGCCAGCAAAACGAGGCCGAGGCAACGAUAUGUGGUGGAAUCGAGUAUGCAGGUUGCCACUCGGGCGGAAGAUCAUACAGAAAUGCCAAAGGACCUAUCCAACAAUGAAAGUGAAGGCUAAACAAUCAUGAACGACGGACGCCAUCGCGAUGUGUGGGCCGCUCACGCAUUGCCGCUGCCGAGCCAACAAACGAAAACGACCUUCUUCAGCGCUGCUUUCCUUCAUCAGUAGCGUGGCCCUCAACUUGAAGACCCGAAAGAAACACAAUCGAAUGCCACAGUAUCAAUAGCCCUCCUGAAUGCUUUAGCUGUGUCGCGAGCAAACGCGCAGAAACGUUCGGCUGGUACAAGACAACGAUGCCUCUACAAAGCCAGGAAGCAAAGGGAACCGAACCAAUUUUCGGAGCGCCUUCUCACCGGCAAGGAUGUGUGCUUUCAUCUAGCUGUGAGGCGCGGCGCAUUGCCCCACACAGUUGUGAGCAAUCAGGACAGGAACAGGCAACAUCAUAGGGCUCUGUGCAAUCCACACGUAUCACUGCCAAUCCUGAGUUGCCACAGAGCCUGCUGGGCACACUUCCAGUGAAUUGAUUGUCGUCCAAGAAAAAGCUUCUCAAAUUCGUCAGUGACGUAACCUCUCCAGGAAUGCUUCCUGAGAGUUGGUUUCCAUUGAAGCCCAAGUACGUCAAUGCCGUCAAUAGUCCAAACUCAGAUGGCAUGCUCCCGGAUAACCGAUUCUCUUCCACGUUGAAGUGAGACAAUCCAGUCAACAAUCCAACCUGCGAAGGAAUGGUACCAACAAGGUCAUUGACAUACAAGGCCAAAUAAGUCAAUGCAGUCAGAGCCCCUAUCUCCGAUGGUAUGCUUCCUGAUAUCUCGUUAUAGGGCAAGCUCAAGCGUGUUAGCUCUGUCAGAUAUCCUAUCUCAGUUGGAAUCGUUCCCAGAAAAUCCUCACGGCUGAUUUCUAUUUGAGAAGUAACCGCAACAUCAUAGCUGCUCCCAAAUAUUGUAACUGUGCUGGGAGAAGUGCCCGGUGGUGGUUGUGGAGUGGACCCCGGGACGUAGCAUUCACAUUCGACACAUCGGCAUUGCACAUAAUAGGGAUCUGGGGGGCAAUCCGCAACUAUCAGGGCUAAUUCCGAGUUGGCACAGAGACUUCUCGGUACACUGCCAGAGAGAUCAUUGUCGUCCAACCACAUGUAUUCCAAUGAUGUCAACAGACCAAUCUGGGAUGGAACCGUCCCAGAUAGCAUAUUGAUGCUCACACUCAGGGAAACCAUUUCUGCUAGAGACCCAAUCUCAGAAGGAAUGGUUCCUGACAGUUGAUUGUCACCAAGGCCCAAGAAAUUCAAGUCUGUCAAUAGCCCAAUCUGAGAUGGUAUGCUUUCUGUUAGCUGGUUUUCCCACACGCUUAGAAGAGUCAGCGCUGUCAGCAUUCCCGUUUCUGUUGGAAUCGUUCCUGAAAUCUGGUUGCGAUGAAAAUUCAAGGAAGUCAAUCGAGUCAACAAGCCAAUGUCUGUUGAAAUGGUACCCGUGAGCCCAGCAAAACUUUGAUCAAUUCGCGAGGUAGUUGCGACAUUGUACCUUGUCCCAAACAAUUCCACAGUCCCUUGAGUUGUAGUCGGCGCCGAAGCUGGUGGUCCUAAUGCGGGUGGUCGUGUAGUGAUGUUAUCAUUCAACUUUCUUUUUCGUUUUUUCUUCGGAUUUGCGUCGCUUGCAGCUUGGGUAUGGGUCGAAGCUUGGGUGUUGGCUGCAACUUGGAUGUUGCUCAUACUCAGAGAAGGGUCAUGAGUGGCUACCGGUACAAUAACAGCAGAGAGUGGUUGUGUCGUUGAUGGCGUCCCUCGGUUUGAGCUGAUGAUGGCAAUAAGAGGCAGCAGAAGAAGAGCAGUGAUACCGAAAAGGAAAGCACCUCUACCGGUACUAGUACUCGUUUGCAUGGAAGCAUUCAGUUUCUUCGCCGGUGCUAGUAAGUCUUCUGGUCCAUCCUUUACGCUCUCUGGUUUGACCUUGGCCAUCGUUGGAUCAUACAUGGCAACAGACUCCAUGGUUGUGGUUUGCUAAAGAUCAAGGACAAUGAAAAAUGAGAGCUCAAGAGUUCCAUGACAGUCGACUUGCCAAAAUCGGUGCGUGCCAGUGUGCUCCGGUACCUCAGUACGGUAGAGGGAGCACGGAAGAGAAUGACUAUAAAAAACUCCAUCCACCUGGAUACCCUACUUCCUGCUACAUACCCGGUAUGUACAGUCGUACUGGGUGUCGUAUUUUACUGUGGACAGAAUCCAUGAAUGGAUCUUUUUGUAAAUGGGGUUUUUUCAAAACCA